AUGCUCCAUUCUCACGCGUCCAAAGCGGCCUCCUCAAUCCGACCUACAGUCCUCCAACCUGACAUCUGGGCUUGUUGCUCCCGCCAGCAACGCUUAUUCACGAACCUCCCUGUCUCUCUUACCGAAAUCUUUCCUGUCAUUCAACAUCACUCGUCUCCCCUUGGUCACUUUCGUAUCUCGAUACUGACUGACUGUCCAUGUCAUACACGCACCUCGGAUAACUCACCUUCAACUUCUGCCUACUCCUCUUCACCCGCUCAAAACCCGCCCGGAGCUGCUCCGCGACUCCUUACCCUCGUUGCCAUCGACCUGGAUCAUCAAGGAGGCACCGAAAUCACCCAUUACCUCGUGGCAGAAGGGUCCCAUACGGGCAUCUUCCUGGCCGUCACUUCGAGCCUGGCGGGCGCUCCUCACAAGGGUGCUUCUCGGAGAAUUGCCAUUGUACGAUUCAAGUUACUGGGCAGUUGCGAACCCAAAUAA